AUGCGGGCACAGAUUUUAAGUGAUCUACGCACCAACACAAAUGACCGAAGCCUCGCGGGACGCGUGGACCCACAGGUUGCUGAGGUCGUCGAUUACAUCAACGGCUCCUUCACCCAGUACGUGACCAGCAGCUCAUGCGGAGGGCGUGUUUCUCUUUUCCACAAGGGUGAAACAAGCGCUGGUACAGCUGCCUCACCACAGGCGGCUGUGGAGCCGGGCGACUCUUUGGUGCACAGAGCUGCCUCUUCUGUAGAGCGGCGGAAACGCGGUUCUUUCGGUCGAGGAACUUUGUUCCAGUCGCAUGAUCCUCUGCCGACGGACACAUCGAUCACCGUGAGAAACAGCAUUGUGCCUGUCCUGGAGCAGUUUUGGAUGUGGAGGCAGGGACAGCUCUCCGAUUCGCUUCUGCGAACGACGGAGGUGCUGCAGCUGAAGUUUGAGCCAAUGAUCUUGCACGUGCUUUGCGCUGACGUCAAGGCCGCCGCCGAGCUUCUCAAGUGUGGUAGUGAGAGUGGGCAGAUGAACAGCGGCAUCGUGUCAUGUUCGCGUGGAACCAAGACACACCCCAAGAUUACCUGCUGCCUCACCUCUCCGCUCUGCAUCGAUGUGCCGCUCUUCGCUCACGAUCUAUGGUGUAUCUCACCCGCCGACUUCCGCAGCGACGUCUGGGCGACGUUCUUGACAGCCGCCCUCAAUCACGUCAACACCCUCUUCGCAGAGAACGCUGCGCGCCGCAGGCGUUUAGUGGGGAAGUUGCGCGCGCUUGCCGGGAAGGGAACGGUGGAGCGGCGGCCCGGAUUGACGUGUGCGGAAAUCCGGGACUCGGAGAAAAGAUGCCCGUAG